AUGCCUGGCCUUGGAACCCCUAGGGGGACACUGUCCCUGGCUGGAUCUCUGGGUGGAGGAAAAUUCUGCUUGAUACCCCUCCCUAAGGUUGCCUUGAGGUUUUGUCCCAGGAGGUGGCCUAGAUCUUCUGACGAGGACUUGGUAUCAGGCCAGGCUUCCCAGCUCCCUGCCCAGAAUCAGGACCUUAAGAACCAGUCGUGGCAGGGUCUGGAAAUGCCUCCUGAGACUCAGAUCUCCUAUCGAUGUCCUCACAGGUGCCGAGACAACCCCGCUAUGGCAGACGAUGUGGAAACCCGGGCAGUAUACCGAACAGAAGGUCUGGAUAAACCUUGGUCUGGACAAAUCUCUGACGUGAAUCAGCAGGUAUGGAUCCUUCAGGGUCAGACCCUCGUGACAGCUCCGUGGAACAGCGGUGUGACUCCAGCCACUGUCACUGUUCUCCCAUUCAAGAAUCCAGACUCUCUUGAGAAAGAAAAAGGGAUUCCCAUUUAUUUGGGAAUCCAGAAUCUAGAAAUGUGUCUGUAUUGUGAGGACGCCGGAGGACAGCCCAAAUUGCAGCUGAAGGACCAGAAUAUACUGCAUCUGUACAACCAAGCUGAGCCCAUUGAGCCCUUCCUUUUCUACCGUGGCCAGACAGGCAGUACCUCCACCUUUGAGUCCGUGGCCUUUCCCGGCUGGUUCAUCGCCUCCUCCAAGAAAGGCCAGCCCAUCGUUCUCACUUCGGACCUGGGGAGAAUGUACACUACUGACUUCCGUAUAGAUUUAAGUUUUUAACUCAGCCUAGAGGUGGCAGCUUGGUCUUAUAAUUUCCCGUUCUCAGUGUGUUUUCAUCUGUAUUAUCUCAGCGUCAUUGCACAUUGAUGCCGAGAGGUGGGCUUGGCCCUGUUCUCAUCUUAUUUUAUGAACGGAGAAGAAGCAGUGACCUCGGAAGGACCAAGGAAUGGAAUGUGGAAUCAAAAGCAGGAGGGAGGCGGUGAUCUGUGGCUCUCCUUUCAAGCUGAAACUGUACGUCUCUCAAGCCAUCUGUACAAGGACAUCAGGACCCAUAAAACAGUAGGAACACCUGUCCCAGGGGUGGUUAUGAAGAACGACGAAUUCAGAGCUCACCAGUCUUACCCAAGAUCCUGGGACUAGCAUGGAGCUGAUCUUUGUUUUUGUUUUGCUGUGUUGCCUUUCCUAAUGGGAUUACAUUUCCCAUAAUCUCUAUAUGUUUCCAGUAUAUUGUAAGGGGUGUAAUAGAUCCUUUUAAGGGUUAGGAACUUGUAAAGAAAACCAAUUCUUUGUUAAAUUACUUAUGUCUAAUUCUAAUAAUCUGUUACCAUAAAACCAAAUAUAAACUC